AACCUAAAAUUCACCAAAGUCAAACAAAACUAAAGUCAAAAACAAAACAUUUUCUACCGACGCGUAAAUUGAAUAAAUAAAAAAUCAUUACCCUUCCUUUUGACUUCGCCGUAAUUGGGUAAUAAAUAAAGAAAUAGUUAAUCAUAGUUUUUGUAGUUUGUAAACGUAUAUAUAUUUGUAAAUAAUUAAAAUGGCUGGAGAGGUAGUGGUGGAUGCAUUACCAUAUAUUGACCAGGGUUAUGAUGAUCCAGGAGUCAGAGAAGCGGCUUUGGCUAUGGUGGAAGAAGAAUGCAGAAGGUACCGGCCCACAAAGAAUUACUUAGAAAAUGCAGGACCGGAACCAAGCACUGCCUUUGAAACAGCUGCUUUGCAACGGGAAAUGGAGAGAGUCCAGCAAAGACUGCCCAUGGAGCCUUUGUCUAUGAAGAGAUAUGAGCUGCCGCCGCCAUCUGCUGGUCGUCUCAGUGAACCGGCUGCGUGGGUGGAGGCUGUGGACAACUCGCAUGCUCAGCUCUCACAUCAAGCCACUCGGGUUCUGAACUUGGAGCUCCAACUGCAGUUCAGUACUGAAGCUUGGAGGUCUUAUCUAAACAUUCUACAAGCUCUGGUCACUUCGUCACAGAACAUACACUCACAAUUAAGGAAACAAAUAGCAGCAGUAAAUUGGGAGCGCAAGAGAUCUCAGACGGCCAGCGGCGCUCGGCUGCGGGCGCUGCGGCGUCGCUGGGCGCAGCUCGUGUCCGACAACUACCGGCUCGAGAGAGCUAUCAUGCAGCUUGAGAUACAAUUAGAAAAGGCCAAAGGUCAAGUUACUGCAGACGACGAAACACCCGACAUGGACAUUGAAGCAGUCAAGAAUCUGCCAGACAAACUCAACUCUGAAACAGAGAAGGAAGUACAAAAGAAAAUCGAAGACAUGUUUGCGGAUUAAUUAUAUUAGACACUUAUAUAUUAUAGUGUCUAAUUAAAUUAAUAUAAUUAAUAAGAUAAGAAUAUAAAUAAAUAUAUUUCAAAUAAGAA